GUGGCAAGUUUAUGAUUGGUAUCAGCAAGACACUGAGAAGGAUGAACCUGUGGAGAAAGAUCAUGAAAAUUAUAUAUUGGGCAAAAUACUUUCUCUUAGCCAAAACUUUGUUCCAUUUAAAGAAAAAUCCUAUAAAUGUAUCUCAAGAGAAAUAACUUUGGAACAAAAUUCAGAUUCAAAUUUUCAGAGUAAAAACUAUGCAGACAUGAACUCUGAUAAGUUAAAUGGUUCUGGGAAAUCAUUUUUCCAUACUCUACAUGAAACCUCUCACAUUCAUCCCCAGUACUAUGAACCAAAUUUGCAUGUGAAGGUUUUCAGUCUGGUGACAAAUCCUAAAAGACAUCGCAGAAUUCACACAGAGGGGAAACAUUAUGAAUGCAGCGAAUGUCCAAAGUCUUUCAGGUAUAAGUCAAAGCUCAUAAUACACCAGAGAACUCACACGGGAGAGAAACCCUAUGAAUGCAAGGAAUGUGGAAAAGCUUACAGUGAGAAGACUAAGCUCAGGUUACAUUGCAGAACACACACAGGAGAGAAACCUUUUGAGUGUAGUGAUUGUGGGAAAGGUUUUAUGCAGAAAUCAAACCUGAUUAUCCAUCAACGAACUCAUACAGGAGAUAAGCCCUAUGAGUGUAAAGAAUGUGGAAAGGCAUUCUGUAGUAAGUCUCAGCUUGUUGUUCACCAGAGAAUUCAUACAGAAAAAUCCUAUGAAUGCAGGAAAUGUGGAAAAGCCUUCACUAAAAACUCACACCUCCUAACACAUCAGAGAACUCACACAGGAGAGAAACGUUACACAUGCUGUGAAUGUGGAAAAGCUUUUGUAUAUGCAUCACAGCUGAUUGUACAUGAGAGAAAUCAUACCGGAAGAAAACCUUAUGAAUGUAAGGAAUGUGGGAAAUCUUUUAACAAAAAGUCACACCUCAUAAGACAUCAGAGAAUCCAUACAGGAGAGAAGCCAUAUGAAUGCAGUGAAUGUGGAAAAGCUUUUAUAGACAACUCGCAUCUUAUUGUUCAUCGAAGAACUCAUACAGGUGAGAAGCCUUAUGAAUGCAGGGAAUGUGGGAAAGCCUUUAAUAAAAAGUCAUCCCUCAUAACACAUCACAGAAUUCAUACAGGAGAUAAGCCUUAUGAAUGCACUGAAUGUAAAAAAGCCUUUAUAGACAGGUCACAUCUCAUUGUCCAUCAGAGAACUCAUACGGGAGAGAAACCCUAUGAAUGCAGUGAAUGUGGGAAAGCUUUUAUAGACAACUCACAGCUUAUUGUUCAUCAAAGAAUUCAUACAGGAGAGAAGCCUUUUGCGUGCAGGGAAUGUAGAAAAGCCUUUAGUUAUAAGUCAUCCUUCAUAGCACAUCAGAGAAUUCAUACAGGAGAAAGGCCUUAUGAAUGCACUGAAUGUAGAAAAGCUUUUAUAUACAAGUCACAUCUCAUUGUCCAUCAGAGAACUCAUACAGGAGAGAAACCCUAUGAAUGCAGUGAAUGUGGAAAAGCUUUUGUACGAAAGUCAGUGCUCAUUGUACAUCAGAGAACACAUACAAGGGAGAAACCCUUUGUCUGCCUUGAGUGUCGAAAAGCCUUUAGCAGUAUGGCAAUGCUCAGUACACAUCAGCUGAUUCAUACAGGAGAGAGGCCCCAUGGAUGCAGUGAAUGUGGAAAAGCUUUCCGCCAAAAAAGCCAUCUUAUUAUCCAUCAACGAUGCCAUAGUGGUGAGAAAUACUAUGGAUGCAUUCCAUCUAGUGAGACCUUCAGCUAGAAGUUACAGCUCAUUAGGCAUCAGAGAUGUCACACAGGAGAAAAACCCUAUCAGUAUACUCAGUGUGAGAAAGCCUUUUUUGUGAAAUCAUACAGCAGUGUCCAUCAGAGAGGUCAUGCAGGACAAAAACCUUAUCAAUGUAAUGAGUGUGGGAAUACUUUGUCAAGUUCUUUCUCCACAUGAAAUUCAUACAGAAAAAAAAUCUAUGAAACACAUUAACUGCUGGAAGAUGUUAGUGAGAUGUCAAAUCUCACUGAAUAUAAAAAAAUCACAGAGACACUACGAAUGUGGUGAAGGAAUAUUUUUCUAUUACUUUUGACCUCUGCAAGUUUCAGAAAACUUAAUCAGAAGAGAAAUCUUUUAAAUGCAGUGAAUAUAGGAAGAUUAUUUGCCACCACCUUAGCCUCAUAUUUUAUUAGAGAAAGGCAAUAUGUAUGCAUGAGUUGAAAAGUCAAAA